AUGUCUGCCUUCCCGACCAAAGUUCUGGCAAAUGUCAUUGGCUUUGGAAUCGUUUGGACCGGGGUUUUGAUGUUGCAGGUACGUUCAAAUGAUCAGAAGCCCAAGACAAAUUCCGAUCAAGCGACUCAUAACAAAACCCAUGUUGUUAAUGAGCGCUGGUAUUACCCACCCGACAUUGCGGAUGACUUGAAGGAUAUCGACCUUCCGUUCCGGGUCAAAGAGGAGGUAUUUGCAACGGCUUGGGAAUAUACUCGCUGUGUUAUUCCUGAAUACACCAACUGGUCCCGAUAUGUUGCCUUCAUGCGCAUCAUCGUGAUGGGCAUCAUCGCGGAAUUCAAGGGUGAUCUCAUGGAUGUUGCCAAUGACGACAACGUCGUGGGUUACAGUCUGACCGGAGUAUUGAACACAUUGUGCGGAGGAACAGCAGGAGGUGAGGAGAUGUGCCGCGAAUACCGCUGCUUCCUCUUGAUGUCAUCGCAAAAGUCCCGCCACCAGACAAACACUAUGCUGUUCCGCCGUUACAGUGUCGCUCUAUCCAAAGGUCCUUGGCAAUUCUUCCGCAUGCGCGAUACCGACGCACUCGCCCGCUUCACGAUUGGUGUAGCGCUAGUCUGCAACGAUCUCGACAACAUCUGGUUCACUGAGGAGCAAUUCGACAUCAUGGCCGAGAUCGGUAACACCAUGUACGACGGUAUAUCCUACUGGAAGCAUCGUUCCGAAGGAGAGAUCAACAGCACCUUCGCAUAUGUCCCGGAGGAGAAGCGCGUCUUGGCGUACCACAAGUGCCGCGAGGCGCUCUGGGCUUUGGACGUAGCGUGGGCAAGACAGCCCGAGCUGAAGUGUGUCAUCAACUUCCUCCGCUACUUCGGUGGCCCUAUCCACAUGAUUAUGCGACGAUACCGCUUUGUGGAGGAGGGUCUUACUCUAGGCCGACCCGAGGACCAGCGCGUCAUCCAGCAGACACGGAGUAACGUCAAGCUCUGGAACAGGCUUGACGAGCAGAAGAAGGCCAAGGAGCAAGAGAAGAUGAGCCUCGAGCAGUACCGCCACGUUCUCGCGAAUGAGAAGGUUUUGUUGUUCAAUGGCCUUGCGCCAAUGCUAGACAAAGCCGAGCAAGGCUUGUGCUCCAAGUGCUGCUACCGUGAGACAUAUGGUGCCCCACAGGCCCAUACCUUUGGCGGAGUUGUUCUGUGCAACGAGUGUCAGCAGAAUUGGGGCGAUUACACGGAAACCGUGCUACAGCGCAUGGUCACAGCCUUCCCAGAGGCUGCUGAGACUGUCCGUGUCAGUGAGAUGCGAUCAAGGUCCUCAAUGGCACCGUGA